AUGUUAAUGUAUGCCUAUGCAGUUUAUUGUGACUCUGAAGUGUUGACAAGUUGGUCUUGUGAGUUCUGUCGAUCACCAAUCAAUGAGGGACCAUUGGUAAUCAAGAACUUCUUUGGAAAAGAAACAUCAAACUCAUUUGGAUUCAUUGGUAUCCGAGGAGAUACAAUUAUUGUUGCAUUCAGAGGUACUCAAUCCACGAAUGUUAAUAACUUAUUCACUGAUGCUAGGAUUCCUUAUGCACUAUGGAAUGAAACCGAACCAAAUGUCAAGGUACAUCAAGGAUUCUAUUUGGCAUAUUUGAACCUACAGACACAGGCAAGGUUUGGUCUAAAGUCAGCGAGGGCCGCAUGUCCAGAUUGCAAGAAUCUAUGGGUCACUGGACAUUCUCUUGGCGCAGCACUCUCUGUACUUUACCUUUUUGAUGUAGCCGGACAAGAUUUGACGGCUGGUUUGCAUGUGUCGACAUACUUGUUCGGACCACCAAGAAUUGGAAAUGAGGCAUUUGUCAACUCGUUCGUCUCUAAGGUCGGCCUGGACAAUAUCUGGCGUUUGUGCGAGGGUCGUGACGUCAUCCCUCACUUCCCAGGCAGGUUCGGCAGUGACCCAUAUCAGCAGCUGCCACACGAGGUCUGGUACCACCCGGAUGACGAUGAGAGCUACGACAUCUGUUUGAAGGCUGAGGACAGCCAUUGUUCAAACAACUUGCCAGCCCUCUUAUACAACAUUGGCGAUCACCUAAGGUACAUGGGCAUCAGGUCGGACCUGUGCCAGAGGACGGACAAACCAUUCCUUAGUGGUAUAUUCGAUUAA